UAAUUGUGUGUAAACAAAAGUUGCCAUGGAAACAAUAUUUGUAUACAUAAUUGUACAACCAAGGAAACAAUGAUAAUUCAAAAUUUGUCUAAAAAAUGGGAUGUUUCUGUUGUAAAACCACUGGAGCUGUCAAAGAGCCAAAAAAACUAGUGUACUCAUGGGUUGAACGAAAACACUUGGACCCUGCUGAUUAUGUAAUGGAAAAUUUGAACGGCUGCACGGCAUUUAAGUCUCCAGGGUCAAUUGGUGGCCAGCAAUUUGUUGUACGCAAUUGUCAGGACUCCAAUAUCUACCUACUGGACCAUACUGGUUCGGUAACUGUGGAUGAUUGUCAGAGAUGCACAAUUGUGCUAGGACCAACCAAACAAAGUGUUUUCGUGAGGGAUACAAUCAAUUCAAUAGUGGUAGUUGCCUGUGGUCAGUUUAGAGUCCGUGACUGUGCAUCCUUAAAGAUUUCGCUGUUUUGUUCUACUCAGCCGGUGAUUGAGUCCAGUCGAGAAUUGCAAUUCAGUUGUUACCAGUUUUAUUACAACCAAUUGGCUGAUCAAUUUGCCAAAGCUGAUCUUAAUAUAUGGAAUAACAAUUGGAGAACUGUGUAUGAUUAUACAUGGAAUGAAGGUGACAACUGGGAGGUAAAUGAAGAGCCCAUAGUCUUCGAGUUAUCUGAAGAAUUACACAAGUAUGGAAUCACAAAUGAAUCCAAAAAAUCAGUUGUGCCUCUUACCAAAUGUGAUCAACAGUCCGGAGAAAAUUGCUUUGUUGCAUUUGGAUGUGGAACUGAAGCUUCACAAUUUGUUCAAGCUUUACAAUCACACGAGACAGAUUUAUUGCUAAUAAAAUGCAAUUAUAGUGAUGGCAAAGAUGCAAAAGUGUUCCAAGAAAGAGCCAAAUUAUUUGGAAAUAAAAAAGUUGAAACCAUAAUAGGACUACAAAUACAGGGUCCACAUGCUACAAGCAAAUGUUCAGCGAUUUUAGCCAAUGAUUUUCCUCAGUUCAUAACAAUGAUCAGUAAAACGGACACUGAAGCCAAAGAACUAAUUGAGAUGUUUUUCCACAUAUUCGAGAGUGAAUUUCAACCUUAAUGGUUACAUUUUUUUUUAUGAAAUUAUUCCAUUUUCUUAAUAUAAUAUAAACAUUAUUUGAACCACUUAUUUGAGAAAUGGCAGACGUCACAAAAUUUCACAUAUUGAGAUAUUAAGUGGAAUGUGUUAUCAAAUGAUAAACGGAUCAUGUGUGAAAAUUUGCAAAAAAAAAUAUUUAAUUUUAC